CUGGAGUCACCGGGAGCUGCCGGGCAGAGUUCACUGGGGCGUACUGGGAGCUGUGAGCGCCGCGCUGGUGCAGCAUGGGGGGGAUGCUGGCACUGCCCCCGGGACAGGGACCCCACCAGGUGGGAUGCACGGAUGUGAUGGUGGGGCACAUGCGGCAGGGGCUCUUCCUGCGCCUGUUCUACCCGUGCCUGGCCCGGGCCGGGGCCGCGGAGCCGCUCUGGGUGCCCCGGCCCGAGUACUGCGGGGGCCUGGCCGAUGUCACCCUGGGUCGGCGCUGGUGCUCCGCCCUGCUCGGCAUGGCCAUCGGCUCCUGCAGAGUCCCGGUGAGCUGGAACGGGCCCCUCAAGCCCUGCAGCCGUGGGUACCCCCUGAUCAUCUUCUCCCACGGCCUGGGAACCUUUCGCACCUCGUACUCCUCCAUCUGCACGGAGCUGGCCUCCUGGGGCUUCGUGGUGGCAGCUCUGGAGCACAGGGACCACUCUGCUGCCACCACCUAUUUCUGCCCGGCAGAGGCUGGCACGGAGGAGUGGAUCCCCUUCCAGAGGGUGCCCCAGGGGCAGAAGGAGUAUUUCAGAAACAAGCAGGUUCACCAGAGGGCCCGGGAGUGCGUGCGGGCGCUGCGGCUGUUCCAGGGCAUCGCUGGUGGCAGAGCUGCCCCUGCCAUCCUCCCCCAGGACUGGGAUCUCUCUGUGCUGAAGGACAACCUUGAUCUGAGCAAGGUGGCCGUCAUGGGCCAUUCCUUCGGGGGCGUGACGGCGGUGCUGGCCUUGGUGAAGGAGCCCCACUUCAGGUGUGCCGUGGCUCUGGAUGCCUGGAUGUUCCCUCUGGAGAACCUGCUGUACCCAGAGGUGCCCAGCCCCGUGCUCUUCAUCAACACCGAGCACUUCCAGAGCCCCGAGAGCGCUGCCAAGAUGAGGAGUCUGAGCUCCAGGAACAGCCAGACGAGGAUUGUGACCGUGCUGGGGACCGUGCACGAGGGCCAGAGCGACCUUGCCUUCCUCCCUGGGAGGCUCUUCAGCCUCAUCUUCGGCAGGAGGGGCAGCCUGGACCCUCGCAGGGCUCUGACCGUCACCAGCCGGGCUGCUCUGGCCUUCCUGCAGAGACACCUGGAGCUGCAGGAGCAGUUUGGACAGUGGGACGAGCUCCUGGAAGGCGUUGGGGACUCGCUGGUGCCAGGUGUGCCCUUUGGCCGCUCUCACCUGUAGCUGCCCCCGGGCGCUGCAAAGUGGCUCCUGUGACCCGGAAUGGAGAGCCAGGAGGGGCAGAGGAGCCCUGAGGGCAGCGGGAGCUGGGGCAGUGCCAGGGAAGGUGCCAGCAGAGCCCUCCCUGCCCCUGCCCCUGUGCUGAGGGAAUAAAACCCCCAGGGAUAAAAACGGAGCUGGGUGUGCAGAGUGUAAACCACGGGGGUGGGUUGGGAAGGGCUUUAAAACCAUCCCCAGGUAAGGAAAAUCCUAUAAUUGUCCCACAAAGCCGUGCAGAUGGAAGGAAAAAAACCCUGCAGGAGGAAGGAAAGGGAAGGGGAAA